UCAUAAUGUAAACAAAAACAAUCGGGCCGUAAUUACGAAUUCCAAGAGUUUGUAUUUUCAGAUGGGAAUUUGUCGGGAAAAUGGAUUCGCGGUAACCGCACGCGUUUUCUACGUGUGCAGUGACUAAUAUUAUUUCUUUAAUCAUACAUUUUAAUUGGCACGAGUAAAAUAUUUCAAGAAAUUUGGUGGCAUUUUCAGAGGAAAAUCUAUUACUGUAAAAAAAUCAACUUUAAACAAGUUAAAUUUUUUAUUAAGAAUUUUUAAUAAAGAAAACUUAAUACAUUAAUUCGGAAUUAAAUAAAAACACUUAAAACUAUGAAUAAUACUUCCUAAAUCGAUUUAGAAUGUAAUGUUUCCUGCUUCUGAGAAAGAUUCCCAAUGAAUUCCUUUGAACCACCAAACCAAACCCGCAAUUACGGCAAAAGUGGGACGCGGUGAGCCGCCAAUCGGAUUAAUGAGGUUAAACAAAUUAUUCAUUAUCGAAAAUGUGGGAUAAAAAUGAAUGCAUCAAGUGGCUUUUCUAAGUGUGUGAUGAAUCUGUGAACAGUGGACGGUCAAAAAGUGAUGUUGUGCGAUUCCGUUCUGGAAAAUAUGCAGCCGAUAUAUCGGGAGGGAAGUUCGCGAUGGUGCGCUGGUAUGAGCCAGCUGACAGAAGAUUCGGACGACGACGACAUUGAGGCUGGAUUUAUAUCCAGUGAUGAGUCUGGUCACGCUGCAGACCUUGCUGAAAGACUGAGGGUUAAACCUUCAAGAGACAUUUGGGAAUUAGAUGAGAUACUACAAAGUUUGAACCAACUGCCCCAUGCAGAUGAAAUAUUGGCUUUUAUAGAAGCUGGACAGUAUGAUACCAUUCUAUGCCUCCAAUCAGAAAUGGACGGUAACCGAACUGCAGUGCUAUGGGCUUGCUGGCUCGGGAAAAGUACACUACUGGACAUGCUUUUGAAAGCAGGGGUUAAUCCUAAUAGCUGUGAUGAUUCCGGCAGGACGUGCCUCCACUUGAGUUGUUUAGUAGGAAGCGCCGAAUGUGCCAAAUUGUUAUUAGAAUAUCAUGCAGAUCCAAAUAUGUGGGAUUCUUACAGCGAAAGAAAAGCUACACCAUUGCAUUGUGCUGCUAGUGCCAAAUCACUGGCAUGUGUUAAGGUAUUAAUAGAGUAUGGAGCUGACGUAAAUGCAGGUCUGGAUGAUCGCUCCCCAUUGCACUAUGCUGUGUUGAGUGACGCUACAGAUGUAGUCAGCGCAUUAUUAGAAGCGGGUGCAUGUCCAGACACUCCACAGGUAUUUACAGAGACCCCGCUCCAUGUAGCGGCUUCUUUAGGUUUAGCGCAAUGUGCCAAGUUGUUGUUGGAUGCUGGAGCCGACGUCAGGGCUGCGAUGGGCACUGGUCGCGCUACAGCCUUACAUUUGGCCGCAGAGGAUGGGCACGCAGAAUGUGCGAAAGUACUUCUAGAUCACGGAGCUCGCAUUGAUUGGCCAAAUUUUAGGGGACAGACUCCACUUCAUUUAGCGGCUUUAGCGCAAUCUGUAGAAGUUGUGGAGUUAUUAGUAGGCCGAUACGCAAACGUUCGUGCUCGGGAUAAUGAUGGAAGAACACCUCUACACGGAGCUAUAGUACGAGGAGCCAGAGCUUGUGAUGUGGCGCGGUUGUUGCUGUCAGUGGGAGCAGAUCCUAAUGCUCCUGACAAUUUCGGAUACACUCCAUUGCAUAUUGCCGCUUUGAAUGAGUUCUCCGCAUGUGUACUGUUAUUAUUAGAUUAUGGAGGUGACGUAACUCUUCGAACGAAUGGUGGUGUAUCAGCACUUGCGUUUAUAGUUCGUCGAGUUCCAGAUGUGAUACCACGGUACUUAAGCAAGUUCGACGAUGCAGUUCAUGUCAGUGAACAUGAGUUAGGAGAUGUGGAUUGCGAGCUAACGAUAGAUUUCAGGCCGCUGGUACCAUGUGUCACUCGUGGGGAAGCUGAAUUACUUCUUGCUUUUAUUGAGGUUGGCCGAAAAGAUGUCUUAAAACACCCAGUAGCCGAAACGUUUCUCUUCCUUAAAUGGCGAAUAAUAAGAAAGUUCUUCGUCCUUAGUUUUAUUUAUCAUGCUCUUUUUAUUUCGCUGUACAGUUUAUAUAUUCUUCAAAUCUUUCUGUGUGCCGACGUAACCUGUGAUGUGCCGACAUAUCUCAGACCCGUUCAAUAUCUCAUCCUUCUACUGAAUCUCUGUUUCAUGUUCAAGGAAAUAUUCCAGGCUUGCCUUGACUGGUCAGCGUAUAUCCGGCAGUGGGAGAAUUGGUUACAAUGUGUCAUCGUUUUUGGAGUAUUCUUAUGUACAAUACCAUACUGGGACAUGGACCAAGGGACCAUAAGAUCCAACACUUCCAACUGGCAGCAUGACGUGGCCGCAGUUACCAUAUUCUUCUGUUGGCUCGAGUUGAUGAUGAUCAUCGGACGGUUCCCGACCUUCGGGUUGUAUGUACAAAUGUUUACUACAGUGACAGUAAACUUCGCAACGUUUCUGCUCGCGUACAGCUGCCUCCUAGUUGCGUUUGGGCUCGCAUUCAGCGUUCUAUUCAGCAACUACCCCGCCUUCCACCUCCCCGCUGGUCUCGUGAAGACUGUUAUGAUGAUGUCAGGGGAGCUCGAGUAUGAAGACAUAUUCUAUAGCAACUGCACAAAUUCACAGAUCCAGUACCCUCUGACCGCCCAUGGCAUGUUCCUGAUAUUUGUGCUUUUAGUCACUGUUAUACUGACGAAUUUGCUGGUUGGAUUGGCAGUUAGUGAUAUACAGGCAUUACAAGAGAGCGCGGGCUUGGACCGGCUGGUGCGGCAGACGCAGUUGGUUGCUCACCUCGAGAGCAUGCUGUUCAGUUCCCUGCUGACGUGUGCGCCGAAACAGCUACUCGCCAUGCUGCGGUGGGGGGCGCUGCUGACUGCCUCCCAUACGCGCACGCUUAACAUUAGACCCAACGAUCCGAGGGAGAACAGAAUACCGAAGGAGCUUAUAGCCUCAAUAUACAAGAUGGUGGCCAGUCGUAAAAGCACCAAGAGAAGUAUACGAAAGAACAACAACUACGAAUGCAAAAUAAGACAGUGCAAGGAUGAAGAAGACAAUGAAAAGGUUCAACAGCAACAAGUCAAAAGGAAAAGCUAUCUGUAUGACAGAUUCUCAUCUGAGAGUCAACAGGUUGAAAGAAGAAAAAGGACAACCUCAGGAUCCACUGAGAAUAAACCAAGACCCGUCUCUUUGAAUAUUAACACUAUACAAGAAAUAUGUAUGGUCGACAUAAAAACACAGCUAUCAGAUUUGACAAAAAAGGUCAAUCAACUAAUUGAAGCUUCGGAGUCGAGGCUGAGCCUGAUUGAAAAGAAGUUGGAUGAUAUUCAGCCACCCUGAUCAGUUAGAUAUAAGUGUAUAAUUUUAUUAGAAAAGGUUCCUAUGACAAUAUUAAAAUUUAUCAAUAUGCUUCCAAUAUAAUUAAAUUUAUGUGUGGAUUUGGUUUGAUAAAUAAAUGAUUUAAGGAUAAAUGAAUCAGUAAUUGUUGAUUUGACAAAUACAUCAAAUAUUUCAAGGAAUAUUCCUGUGAAGUUAAAUCAAUGUAAAUCAUAAUAAAUCACUUAAGUGCCUUAUGCUCUAGUCACUAAGGAUACUUUAUAUUAUACAAUGUAUUUAUAACAAUA